ACCGAGUGGAGCUGGGGGUCUGGGGCGCCCUGAGGAGCUGCCAUGCCUGCGUGCCCGCCGCCAGCCGUGCCCAGGCCGCCCGCCGCCCCCUCGCCCCGCUGAGGCCAUGGGGCUGCCGCCGCUGCCGCCGCUGCCGCCACCGCGGGGAUUCUGGCUCGGCAAGGAGACUCUGGGUGCCUCUGCCAUGGUGACAUGAAGCGGACAGCGAGGGACGCCGGACUGCUGGAGGGGAGAGAGCCUGCAGAGGCAGCCUGCUAGACUUUUAAUUUAUUAGUAGUAUUCAACUUUUCUUUCGCCUGUUUUUCGGUCGGUUGCUUGCUUGCUUCUUCCCCUCCCCGGGUCUCUGGAGGGGAGGGGGUGGGCAGGGGAGGGGGCCCCACCUCGCCCCACGGAUGCAAGGAUGACUGUGCUGGCCAGGGCCCGGCGGGGUAUCCGGCAGCUCUCUCCGCAGGUGGUCUUGCUCCUGCUCUUUGCCUUCUGCCUGCUCAGUGUUUUCAUCUCUGCAUAUUAUUUAUAUGGGUGGAAAAGGGGCUUGGAGCCCUCCGGGGACGCGGUGGGGCUGGACUGCGACGAGCCCAAGGUCGUCCCUUCCCGCUUGCUGCCGCUGAAGACUCUGAAGGUGGCCGACUCCUCUCGCACGGACCCCUUGGUGCUGGUCUUUGUGGAGAGUCUCUACUCUCAGCUGGGCCAGGAGAUUGUGGCCAUUCUGGAGUCGAGCCGCUUCAAAUACAGGACAGAGAUCGCCCCGGGGAAGGGGGACAUGCCCACGCUGACCGACAAGGAUCGAGGGCGCUUCGCACUCAUCAUCUACGAGAACAUCCUCAAGUACGUCAACCUGGACGCCUGGAACAGGGAGCUGCUGGACAAGUACUGCGUGGAGUACGGCGUGGGCAUCAUCGGCUUCUUCAAGGCCAACGAGAACAGCCUGCUGAGCGCCCAGCUGAAGGGCUUCCCCCUCUUCCUCCACUCCAACCUGGCGCUGAAGGACUGCAGCAUCAACCCCAAGUCUCCCCUCCUGUACAUCACACGCCCCAGCGAGGUGGAGAAGGGCGUGCUGCCCGGGGAGGACUGGACAGUCUUCCAGUCCAACCACUCCACCUACGAGCCAGUCCUGCUGGCCAAGACCAAGUCGGCCGAGUCCAUCCCGCACAUGAGCGUGGACGCGGCGCUGCACACCACCGUGAUGCAGGACCUGGGCCUCCACGACGGCAUCCAGAGGGUGCUUUUCGGCAACAACCUCAACUUCUGGCUGCACAAGCUCGUCUUUGUGGACUCUGUCUCCUUCCUGACGGGCAAGAGGCUCUCCCUGCCCCUCGACCGCUACAUCCUGGUGGACAUCGAUGACAUCUUUGUGGGCAAGGAGGGCACGCGCAUGAAGGUGGAAGACGUCAAGGCGCUGUUUGACACGCAGCAGGAGCUGCGCACCCACAUCCCCAACUUCACCUUCAACCUGGGAUACUCAGGGAAAUUCUUCCACACGGGUACCGAUGCUGAGGAUGAAGGCGACGACCUUCUGCUGUCCUAUGUGAAGGAGUUCUGGUGGUUCCCCCACAUGUGGAGCCACAUGCAGCCUCACCUCUUCCACAACCAGUCAGUUCUCGCUGAGCAGAUGACCUUAAACAAGAAAUUCGCUGUCGAGCAUGGCAUCCCCACUGACAUGGGCUACGCCGUGGCCCCUCACCACUCGGGGGUGUACCCUGUGCACGUGCAGCUGUACGAAGCCUGGAAGCAGGUCUGGUCGAUCAGAGUGACGAGCACGGAGGAGUAUCCCCACCUGAAACCCGCGCGCUACCGCCGGGGCUUCAUCCACAGCGGCAUCAUGGUACUCCCCCGUCAAACCUGUGGCCUCUUCACUCACACCAUUUUCUACAACGAGUACCCUGGGGGCUCCAGUGAGCUGGACAAAAUCAUCAACGGGGGAGAGCUGUUCCUCACCGUGCUGCUCAACCCCAUCAGCAUCUUCAUGACCCAUCUGUCCAAUUACGGCAACGACCGCCUGGGUUUGUACACCUUCAAGCACCUGGUUCGCUUCCUCAACUCCUGGACCAACUUGAAGCUCCAGACGCUGCCACCCAUGCAGCUAGCACAGAAGUACUUCCAGAUCUUCUCUGAAGAGAAGGACCCUCUCUGGCAGGAUCCCUGUGAAGACAAAAGGCACAAAGACAUUUGGUCCAAGGAGAAGACCUGUGACCGGUUCCCGAAGCUCCUCAUCAUCGGGCCUCAAAAAACAGGAACGACUGCCCUUUAUCUCUUCUUGGGGAUGCACCCAGACCUGAGCAGCAACUACCCCAGCUCAGAGACCUUUGAGGAGAUACAAUUCUUCAAUGGACACAACUAUCACAAGGGCAUUGACUGGUACAUGGAGUUCUUCCCCAUCCCCUCCAACACCACCUCCGACUUCUACUUCGAGAAGAGUGCCAACUACUUUGACUCGGAAGUGGCUCCCCGGCGAGCUGCAGCCCUGCUCUCCAAGGCCAAGGUCAUCACCAUCCUCAUCAACCCUGCAGAUCGAGCCUACUCCUGGUACCAGCACCAGCGAGCCCACGACGACCCUGUGGCCCUCAAGUACACCUUCCACGAGGUGAUCACGGCGGGAGCCGAGGCCGCGCCGAAGCUCCGCGCCCUGCAGAGCCGCUGCCUGGUGCCAGGCUGGUAUGCCACCCACAUCGAGCGCUGGCUCAACAGCUACCACGCCAACCAGAUCCUGGUCCUGGAUGGCAAGCUGCUCCGAACAGAACCUGCCAAAGUGAUGGAGACAGUCCAGAAGUUCCUGGGUGUGACCAACUUCAUUGAUUAUCACAAGACCCUGGCGUUUGAUCCAAAGAAAGGCUUCUGGUGUCAGCUUCUGGAUGGAGGGAAGACAAAAUGCUUGGGAAAGAGCAAAGGGAGGAAGUACCCUGAGAUGGACUCGGAUUCACGAGCCUUCCUGCGGGACUACUACAGGGACCACAACAUAGAGCUCUCCAAGCUCCUCUACAAGAUGGGGCAGACGCUGCCCACCUGGCUGCGGGAGGAGCUGCAGAGCACCAGGUAGCUGCUGCCUGCUGCCCACCCAGCAAUACCUGAGCGGGGGGCACCCCUGCACCCGGCAGGACCCUCCUCAGCAAUACCUGGCCGUGGCCUUGGAGGGGACCCCCGGAG